UAUACAUAUAUAGUGAGCAAAUACCAAUAGCAUCCAAGAUAAUUUCGCAAUCAACACAACGACAAUUUCUAAUUUAAGUCAAUUUAGGCCUGCCAUCGCUGGUCAUUCAAUCCAUUGGAUUUCAGUGUUAUCACAUUAUAUACAUAGUAAACGUUGUUGUUUCAUGUGUAUAGGCGGUGCUAUAUGUGGAUAGAGAGUGCAUGUUUUUUUGUUGUUUUGGAGUCGAUUCAGUUUAAAACUUUAAAACCUCAAGUGCCUUCCAUUAGUAAACUUUAAAAUGCAUAAAAUUGGAUUCAUUGGCGGUGGAAAAAUUGCACAAGCCAUGGCGAAAGGAUUCAUCAAAGCCGGUUUGACGAAAGCAGAUCGGGUAACGGCCAGUGUACAUCCAUCGGAUCAACUCAGUCUAGAUGCGUUCAAGGCAUUAGGUGCAAAAACGAUAACGGAAAAUCCACCAGUUGUGUCAGAGUCGGAUGUUGUGUUUGUAUCAGUGAAACCAGGCGUAGUGCCGACAGUUUUACAAGAAAUCAAGAGCAUCGCUGCGAAUAAAUUGUUCAUUUCUGUUGCAAUGGGAAUCACAAUCGCACAAAUGGAAAAUGUCCUGCCGCAAACAUCAAGAGUAAUUCGGGUGAUGCCAAACACACCGGCAAUCGUAAAUCAAGCAUGUUCAGUUUUUGUUCGUGGAAGUCAUGCUACACAAAAUGAUGCUGACAUUGCACAUUCACUGUUGCAAUCGAUUGGAACAAGCGAAGAGAUCAACGAAGAUAUGAUGGAUGCGGUCACAGCACUUAGCGGCAGUGGACCGGCUUAUGUAUUCGUUAUGAUUGAAGCACUUGCUGAUGGCGGCGUUAAAAUGGGAUUACCACGUGAUUUGGCCUAUCGAUUAGCAUCACAAACGGUACUUGGCUCUGGGCAAUUAGUACGAGACUCGGGCAUUCACCCAGGAAAACUAAAAGAUGAUGUUUCAAGUCCAGCCGGUUCAACUGCAUCUGGCCUUUGGCAUUUAGAAUCCCACGCAUUCCGGUCAACAGUGGCUGGAGCCGUUGAAUCUGCCACUUUACGAUGCAGAGAAAUUAGCAAAAAAUAAAAAUGCAUUCGUCUUUGUAGUGGAGUUGAACAUUUCGACUUUAUUUUUUAUAGUUAUAUUUUUUUUUAAAAAAAUCUGUACAAUGAUUUACGACAUAGCUCCAUAGAUAAAAUAUUUGUUUUGUAGAGUUAAUUAAUUUGUGUCAAAAGAAGAGCUUUUCUAAAUAUUUAUUGUUGUUUUAUUAUUGGUAGAUGUUGGUAGCGUUUAAAUUGUAUAUUUAAAUUGAAAAGAGGAAAGGGAACAAGAUGAAUUGAAAAGAUGUCAUUCCCAUGAUUUUUUCUUCUACAAUAAACACUCGAAAACUGUUUCGCAAUUACAGCAUCUAUUCAAAAUAUCAAUUACAUUUUAUAUUAAAUAAUUUUUUGUUUUAUUUUAGUUUUCUUAUUAAAAAAAAUAAAUGUCUCUCCAAAAAAAAAAUCACAGCGGGUAUUUUGUAGAUAACAAAUUCAUAAAUAUUUCGUCACUUUUUUUGUCUGCAAAAAGUCCGUUGAAACACACAUUCUUUGUCUCUAUCGCUGUUUAUAUAUCUGGGGAGGGAGUCAGCUAAUUCAAUAACCAUCACUUUAAUUUCUGUUCAAAAUAACGAUCAUUCUAUUUCAAAUGAGAUGCCAUUACUAUGCCGAUUUCAGUGACAAUUAAUACAAAAAUGAACAUGCAAACGGUGAUAUAUAAAGCCGUCAGCAACAAAGUUCAUAAAAUUAUUAGUUCAAAGAAAAAAAAAACCAUCCAUUCUUUUUGCC